AUGCGUUCUUCCAUCGCCGUUAGCAUCAUUGCUCUCUCCACCUCGGUCCUCGCAGCCCCUACUCCUCAGGUUGCUGGCGUCAACAACCUUCUUGGUUCCGUCACCAGCACCCUCGGCUCUGUCACCAACCCCGGUGCCGGCAACGACAAUCUCAUCCAGGGCAACGGCAACAGCAACGGCCAGAACAACGGCAACGGAAACACUGCUGGCAAUGGCAACGGCAACAACAACGAGGCUGGUAACGGCAACUCUGCUGCCAGCGGCAACAGCUUCAACCUCAAGCCCCUCGGCAGCAGCAUUCUGAACAACGGAAAGCGUGCGGCGCUUCUGGACAACCUCAACGGCGUCCCGGUUGCUGGCACCAUCCUCAGUGGCGUCACUGACGGCAAGGGUGGUCUCCUCAACGGUGUCACUGUUGGCCCUACCACCGACGGCAUCACCGACAACGUUCCCGUUGUCAAUGGCCUCGUUGGCCGUGGUGUCACUCAGGGCCUUGACGUCAGCCAGCUGAGCCAGACCCAGCUCCUCUCCCUCCUCAGCCAAGUCACCGGCGCCCUCCAGAACACUGGCAACACUGCUACUGGCACCGUCAAGCCGGUUACCGACGCCACCGUCCCAGUGACUGAUGCUGUCAAGCCUGUCGCAGCCGCUGCCGGAGAUGCCGUGAAGCGUCAGUUGAACGUUGGUGGUCUCACUGGCACUGCCGGCGGCCUCGUCGGUGGUGUUACUGGCACCACUGGCUCCGUCACUGGUGCUCUUAAGCCCGUCACUGGUCAACUCCAGCCCGUCACCGGCACUCUCAAGCCCGUCACCGGCGCCACCGGAGGCCUCACUGGAGAUCUUCUCAAGCGUCAAUUGAACCUUGGUGGUGUCACCGGCACUGCUAACGGCCUCGUCGGCGGUCUUACUGGCUCCACUGGCUCCGUUACUGGCACCCUCAAGCCCGUCACUGGCCAGCUUAAGCCCGUCACUGGUGCUCUCAAGCCCGUCACUGGUACCCUCCAGCCUGUCACCGGUACCGUCACUGGCGCCACUGGAGGCCUCACUGGCGAUGUCCUCAAGCGCCAGGUCGACCUCAACAGCGUUACUGGCACCGUCAGCGGCCUUGUCGGCGGCAUCACCACCACUGCUGGCUCUGUCACCGGCGCCUCUGCCGGCAGCGGAAACUCGCUCCUUAACAACGGCAACAACAACGGCCAAGGCAAUGGCAACAACAACCAGGCCGGUAACGGUAACGGCAACGGAAACAGCGCUGGAAACGGCAACCAAGCCGCCAGCGGCAACGACUUCAACGUAAGUCCCGAAACCGAGCUUCCUGAGAUCAACGGCCCGCUCGUCGAGCUGCCUGACCUCAACCUCGCUCCCACGAUCAAGUCAGUCUAG